AUGGUGGAAAAGAAGGUAUAUCUUCUUCUACUUCUUCUUAUGGAUAAUUGCAAUAUAUUGAGCUGGAACUUUAGUGGACUGAAUAGUUCAAAUAAGCAUACAACACUCAUAGAAAAAUGUAGUAGGAAUAAAAUAGGUGUUGGUGGUUUUUUAGAAACCAAAACGAAGGGGAAUAAAGCUAAGGAAUUCAUGGAGCAUAAACUUCCUAACUGGGAUUUUUAUUCUAGUUCUGUUACUGAAGGCAGAAUUUUGGUUGUUUUGAGGGAGACUUUUGUGAGGGUUACUAUUAUAGAGGAGACUAAUCAAUAUGUUCAUUGUAUGGUUAAGUUGCCUGGUCAGAGGCAAGCUUUUUGUGUUACUUUUGUCUAUGGGCUCAAUACGAUGGAGGGAAGGAGAAGUUUAUGGCAAGGGUUACAUAGGCUUUCGCUCCCUAUUAAAGCUUGGAUUAUAUUGGGGGAUUUUAAUGCAAUUUUUACUGGUAUGGACAGAUCUGGAGGGAAACUGUUUUCUGCAAUGGAGUUGGCUAACUCUCUUCAAUGGCUUGCUGGUACUCAAGUUGAGACUCUUAAGAGUACUGGUUCUUAUUUUACUUGGAUGAAUAAUCAAGAAGGUCCAGGUAGAAUUUACUCUAAAAUUGACCAUGUGUUCACGAAUGAGGAUUGGCUUGAUAUUUUUCCUCAUUCUACAGCUGUGUUUCGGUGGGAAGUAGUUUCGGACCAUUAUUCGUGUGUUGUUUCUAUCAUGACUAUGGAGAAUGUGGGUAUCAAAUUAUUUCGUUUCUAUAAUUUUUGGACAGAUCAUCAAGACUUCAAAGAGGUGGUAAUGAAUAAUUGGAGGAAACCUAUUAAGGGGACUGGUUUAAGGGCUAUCUACUUGAAGACUAUGAGGCUAAAGCACAAAUUAAAGAGGUUUAACAGGGAUAACAUUGGUGAUAUUGGUCUAAAUUAUCAGGAGGCUUACCAGGAUGCUCAACUUCAAGCUCAAUUUCAUCCUCAAGAUUACAUAUUUCAAGAGGUAGUGAAGGCGGCUGCUAAAGCUUUUACUGUUCAGGAGCAUAUGUAUCAUAGUUUCUUAGCUCAAAGAAGUAAAAUUACUUGGUUGAGGAAGGGAGAUAUGAACACAUCAUAUUUUCAUGCUUGUUUGAAAAAACGCAGAGCUGAAAAUGGUGUUGCAACCUAUAUCACUGAACAAGGCAGAUUGAUAGAUAACUUUCAUGAUGUAGUCUCUCACUUUGUGGAGCAUUUUAGAAGCUAUUUGGGACGUCCAAGUUCAGCCAUGGGUUAG